GCCCCGGAAAUGCGUGUGCUAGCUUUCUGUGUGCUUAGGUGCCCGAGCUACUGAGGGUCUAGGUCCGGGCAGCCGAAGAGUGUGGUAGGUAACGGUCGUCAGCGCAAGGGUCAUUUCGUCGCUGGGAAGGGACGGCCCUCGCCCGCGGUGAUGGUGGUUAGCAAGAUGAACAAAGAUGCGCAGAUGAGAGCAGCAAUUAACCAAAAGUUGAUAGAAACUGGAGAAAGAGAACGCCUCAAAGAGUUGCUGAGAGCUAAAUUAAUUGAAUGUGGCUGGAAGGAUCAGUUGAAGGCACACUGUAAAGAGGUAAUUAAAGAAAAAGGACUAGAACACGUUACUGUUGAUGACUUGGUGGCUGAAAUCACACCAAAAGGCAGAGCCCUGGUACCUGACAGUGUAAAGAAGGAGCUCCUACAAAGAAUAAGAACAUUCCUUGCUCAGCAUGCCAGCCUUUAAGAUUGAAUUAGAUUGUGUUGUUUUGUGGUUUUAUUUCUGAAAGUAAAACUUGCCAUAAAUUAGGAAUUGAUUUCCCCAAAUAAAAUCCUUUUUUGUAUGAUGGUAUACAGUUUUCAGUAAUGAUGUAUACAAUUGUAUUGAUUUUUUUCCCUAAAUGUGUUAUUUUAAUAAAUAUCUCAUGAAUGAG